AUGGUGGCCUACACCUUCAGCGGCGACAAGGCGACGCCCUUCUUCGGCACCGCCACCGCUCUUGUCUUCCGCAUGGGUGUCAUCUAUGAGACGACCAAGAGUGGUGUCGGCGUCGCCUCCAUGGGCGUCAUGCGCCUCAAGCUUGUCAUGAAGUCCAUCGUCCUCGUCGUCAUGGCCAGAGUCCUCGACAUCUAUGACCUCAUCAUCGUCGCCAUCAUCUCUGCCGGGAUCAACCCCAAGGCCAAGCCCUACUUCUUAGACGGCUACGCACACCUCUCCUUCGAACUCGUAUGCAGCCUUGAUGGCCUCGCUGUCGGCAUGGCCAUCAGGAUCGUCAGAGACACCAGAGUUAGGUAA